AGACUCUAUCUCUACACUGACUCAUGGAUGGUAGCCAAUGCUCUGUGGGGAUGGCUGGAGCAAUGGAAAAAGGCCAACUGGCAGCGCCAAGGGAAACCCAUCUGGGGGCAGAGAUGUGGCAGGACAUCGCUGGCCGGGUAGAGAAGCUGAGUGUGAAGGUCCGUCACGUAGACGCUCAUGUAGGCAAGAAAUGGGCUAAUGAGGAGCAUUGUAACAACGAGCAGGCAGACCGAGCUGCCAGGAUUAAAGUCUCUCAGGUAGAUCUGGAUUGGCAGCACAAAGGAGAAUUAUUUCUGGCUCGAUGGGCCCACGACGCCUCUGGUCACCAGGGGAGAGAUGCAACAUACAGAUGGGCUCGUGACCGAGGGGUGGACUUAACCAAGGACAUUGUCUCACAGGUCAUCCAUGACUGUGAGACAUGUGCUGCCAUCAAGCAGGCCAAGCGGGUGAAGCCUCUAUGGUAUGGUGGACGGUGGUCGAAGUACAGGUAUGGGGAAGCCUGGCAAGUUGACUACAUCACGCUCCCCAAAACCUGCCAAGGCAAGCACUACGUACUGACCAUGGUAGAAGGAAGUACUGGAUGGUUGGAGACAUAUCCCGUGCCUCAUGCCACUGCCCGGAAUACCAUCCUGGGCCUUGAAAAACAAGUCCUGUGGCGACACGGCACCCCGGAGAGAAUUGAGUCUGAUAAUGGGACCCAUUUCAAGAAUGGCCUCGUAGACACCUGGGCCAAAGAGCACGGCAUUGAGUGGGUGUAUCACAUCCCCUACCAUGCACCAGCUGCUGGAAGAGUUGAGCAGUGCAACGGACUGCUGAAAACCACCCUGAAGGCACUGUGUGGGGAGACUCUCAAAACACUGGGAGCUGCAUUUAGCAAAGGCCACCUGGUUGGUCAACACCCGAGGCUCCAUCAAUCGAGCUGGCCCUGCCCAAUCAGAACUUUUGCAUACUGUAGAUGGAGUCCCUGUGGUACAUAUGAGAGGAAUAUGGUCCAUGAGAAACUUUCUACUUCAUCUCCCUCCAGCGAGAUCAUCUUUAACUACAGAAAUCAAUGUGAUGUUAAAAAUAAGCAUGGCGAGGCUAUGCUGUAUGAUGAGCUGAGGAAAAAGAUAGAGACAGUGUAG